AUGAAUCGCUGGUUGACGAGAAAGAACAAGGACGGCGGCGACGAGGCCGCUGCUCCGAAGAAGACGAAGAAGGGAAAGAAGGGGGACGAGGCCCCCAAGCCCGAACUCGACCUCGCAUUCGCCCUGCCCAAAGUCGACGACUUCCGCACAAGUCUCAUCAUGCCUGGCCUCUCCACCCGCUUCAGCAUGUUACGGGAACAGGACGAUCCCGCCUCCAAGAUUGGCAAGGCAAGCGACGACAGUGUCCUACAGCCCAAACGACAGUCUCGACUGCACGAGUUUGGUUUUACAGCCGGCGGCCUGGCAGACAUUGCCGAAGUCUCCUCCCUCCAUGGCUCCAUCCAACCUCCCUUUGCGACCGAGCGGACAAACUCGUUUGAUAGCGGUAGAGACGAGGAGAGCCCGGGUAGCGUCAUGACACGGUCCAGACCGGGCGAGGGCAAUGUCCUCUUUGGUGGACGUCAGAAGAUUUACAUGGUGGCAAACAACAGCUCCAAAGGCCUGGGCCGUACCCUGUACGAUGACGACGUGAACAUGUCUGCCUAUCAAAAGCUGCGGCAAGAGGAAAAGGAUAGGCUGAGGCGAGAGGAAGAAGAACAAGAAGAGCACGAGGGGCAGGAGCAGGAGAGGGACCAUCAGCCCUCGGAGCCGUCGAGUCCCACGACUCUGAGCCAGAAGCGGGAGACGUCCUCGUCGACCAACUCUGGGACCAUGGACACGCGCACAUCCACGGCCGCGACAUCGAUAGCCUCGCAAGGUGCCAACUCGGUCGCGGCAUCGUCGCCCGCAUUCUCGCCCACCACCACCCAUCCCUCCCUCGAACUGAACCGACCAACUACCAAGAACCGCAGGCUGUAUGACCAGGGUUUGGACCAGCAUAUCCAGGAACAACAGUCGUCGGCUAUGCAUCGCUUGAACUCAAUACAGAGAGCCCGUGCCCCGACUGGACGAUCGACACCCCCUAUCCCUCUGCCUUUGGCUAGAUCUGCCACAAAUCUAAGCGACCGAUUCAACCGGGGUCCUACCUUGCGCUCCGACAGUCCCAAUCUGUUUGCCUACCCCAAUGUCAGUCGAAACAAUUCCUCGGCCGGCUCAAGUCCAGUCCUCUCUCGACCAUUGUCGCCUCCCCUAAGCCCUGGUGCCAGCGAUUCGGAAGACGCACACGCCCUCAAUGCCGCCCUUCAACCCAAUGAUCGAGGCAAGGCAACGGCCAUGGGUGCUUUCAAUAAGCCCAAGGAGGCUUUUAGCGAAGAACAAUAUGCAGAGCGUCUAAGGCAUUUGCAGCCCAAAUCUACCCCCUCUCAAGCCACCGUAGUACCCAAGCUCGUAGAUAAAUUGCCCUCUCGCAAGCCAAGUCUUCGCGAACGUGCCGUGCAAGCCAAGCGAAAGAAGUCGAAUGCUGCCGAGCAGAUACAACCACAGCCAACUCCUCAACCACCACCUGCUGAAGAAAGCCCAGCACGGUCGGCCUUCUCCCGGUUUCAGGCAGCUGCCAGUCAAAUUAGAGCUGCCGGUCUAGCUUCGCCAGAACCAGUUGCCACACAAUCCGAGGAACGGGUUCGAGACCUCGAGUCCUCGGAAUCUCGUGGUGGCACCACGUUCUUCGCCUCGAACGAUUCGAGCGAUGCUGAAGAGGGGGAGAAGGAGGAGGAGCAGCAGCAGCAGCAGCCAGUGCAAUCACCACCAUUGGCCUUGCGUCCUUCGGAGCCCAGCCGUCGGUUUGACAAUCUUCCCGUUGCGACUGGACCAGCCCCUUCCCUCCUCGAGCAUCCUGCGAUGCGAUCCCGUACCACGUCCGAGGAACACGUCGUACAAAUCAGCCCGCCUGAUCAGCCCUCACCUACAGCAGACGUCUCACCAAAGCUGAGCUCCGAGGUAGACUCGCCAACGCUUGGUCCUGACUCUAGCGGACUGGGUGGUAUGAUUCGACAGCACCUGCGUAAUGGAAGCAAUGUUUCUUCGACCUAUGGCGAGCCUGGCCCACCUCUGAUGAGUCCACCGGGCAAUGCUCCACUGGGUCUUGCCAUACAGACUCAGGAUAUGGGUCUCGUUCAGCGACGUCAGCAACCUGGUUCCGGUUCGGCCACACCGGCACCUUCGACUCACAGUCACUCGAACCCAUGGGAUCUCGAUGACAUUGACAACAACCCGUAUCGGGACGAGCAAGCUAGCAUGGCUUCCACCAGUCCGUUGGAACGUCAGAAUAGGCAACCCCUCAUCCUGAGCGCUACUGAGCCCGCCAACGGCGCUCCCUGGGACCUCACACCACGGAGAAAUCACGAACGCAUCGCGAGCAAUGAGACGGAAGCUGAACACGAGGCCUUCCAAAAGGACCUUGCGCAUAGACAACGUCUCAUUCAGGAGAAUCUUCGUGCGCGAGCAGAAGGUCGAUCGACAAGUCCGGCCCCGGCCCCAGGCCCGUCUGGAGGACUCAAAACCGCCCUGAAUAUGCUGCGUGCAAAGUCGAGCCGUGAAUCGUUUGCCACCGUGGCUGAGCAGCAAAGCUCGAACAAGUCCAUUAGGAAGCUUACCGUCGGUGCCAGCUACGCAAAUGGCAGUAGUACUUCUCUGGCCGGUAUGCAGGGUGCCGAAAUGCCACCGCUCAGAACGAAGCCCUCUCGCGUCUUGCAGCAAAGUGAGCAGGAUGCACAGCGGGAAAUGAGUACUCGACAACGGUCGGGAACGGACGCCAGCCAGACAGGCCGUCCUACUGGCAGGUCAGCAGCCGUGUCCACCACCAGAAGCUCUACACGAGAGAGAUCCGGCUCCGGAACCUCAUCGGCCCGCUCCCGCAGUCGUCCUGGCGAGUAUCGUGACGAUUUGGACCAAGCCAUGGCAGAAGGCACCAGGGCUGCCUACCCGCCCAACACCCUUCCCUCUGUUCCCGGCUAUGUUGCUCACCCCACUCCACCGCUGUCUGCAGAGAGGCCAUCGCUCGAGGCUCAAAGUCGUACACGAUCACGCAGUAACAGCAAGACGGCUGCUGCAAGCUAUUUUGAAUCAAAGCACCUCCACCCUAUCCAGACUGGUGCUGGAACAGGCAGAGGCAAAUUCUCGCCAGGCAUUCCCGCUUCACCUCGACCUUCCCCUGGUGGGUUCAACAGCCCAGCUGGGCAUGGCUACCAUCAACCAUCCUCUCCUAUGCCUCCCAUUUCGGCCAGUAACACACCUCCCAUCUCCAACCCUACCACACCCAACGGCACCACGUUCAAUCCAAGUUCGGUUCAACCUUUGACCAGGACCGGAGUCCUUCGGAAGAAGUCUGUGGCCAAGUCGGACAUUUCUGAGCCAGUCUUUGUGUCUACGACUUCAGUGAUUGAUACCGUCAACUUACCACCUGGUGCGUCGCUUAAAAAUGGCAUUGAGCAUGAGCCUCCUCCAGUGCCACCCAUCAACCCAAUGAGACGGCGAUUUGGUUUCGGUCGCGGUGAGGCAGCCAACCGCCACGACCCUGCUAUCCAAGCCGGGAUAGAUACCCCGCGGGCGCCAUACGCUGAGCCUCUGAGAACUAAUUCGUCUGAUGGGCUGGCGAGCCAGAUCCCAAGACCAAGGGCCAGAUUACGGAAGACGUCGAGCGAGGGCAAGAGCCUACGCGGUGAGGCCCAGGGCCCAACAGGUCCUUCGCCUGCUAUGCCACAGGAUGGAUUCGUCAACCGCAACAACUCCCCUCCCCAUGCGAUGAACCCUCAGCCAAUGGCGCCGCAGCCCAUGGAAGGUGCAAUGUUUUAG